CGAAGUCUUCUUGAACAGAGAAGAUGGGCAAACAGACGCCAGAACGCCAGUAACUAGGCAACAGAUCGGCGCAAUCUGAAGUGCGCAAGAAAACGAUCGCCGUAUCCCAGCAUUCAGCAUGCCAUCAGGCCGGCUUCAACCCAAUAAAGGCCUGAUACAACCUCGGAUACUGGUACCUUUUCUAUACAUUUGUGUUUGUGCGCUCUUACUACUGCCAAGUUCAGCUAAAGGAUUUCAAGAGCUGUUUCCUGAAGUUCAGGAACUUCAUCUUCGAGCCACUGCGAAAGCGAACGCAACAUGCGGUAAAUCUGGCCCGAAAACGUUUUGUUAUUCGUCUGAGUUUGGUUCCGUGUGCAAAAUUUGUGACGAGGGAGAUAAUCGCCAUUCUGUGUCGGAUAUCCUCGAUGGGAGACGAGACACGUGGUGGCAAAGUCCGUCGAUGCACGAAGGCGACUACAACUGGGUCACGAUAACCAUUAAUUUAAACGAACUUUAUGAGGUAACAGAGGUAAUUUUGCGUGCUCACAACAACCACCGGCCAGGGAACUGGAUUCUUGAAAAGUCUGUCGAUGGGGCUACCUUCUAUCCGUGGCAAUAUCAUGCUACAUCAAACAUGGAAUGUUGGGAGGCCUACAGGGUCAAUCCAACUCCAAAUUUCCCGUCGUAUCAGUUCGAUGAUCAAGUAAUAUGUACCGAGUAUUUUUCCACGCCAGGCAGUAACCAGAUGGCCUUCUUUGAGACCAGCAAAGGACGGCCGGGCGAACAUGCUAAUGCUGAAUCUCUUCGACGUUUCAUGCAAGCGAAAUAUAUUCGCAUCCGAAUGCAAAAGCUUCUGGCGCCCAUAGCCAGCGGUGACCGCAAAAGGCUCACGCAUCCCAUAAAGCUUGGACGAGACGGCAAAGAGUUUUUCUACGCGAUCAGCGACGUUGAGAUUCGCGGCCGCUGUGUGUGCAAUGGCCAUGCGUCACGAUGCAUUCCUGACGGGAACUCCGGUCAAAUGCGAUGCCAAUGUGAGCAUAACACCUGUGGCAAGCAUUGCGAUCAGUGCUGUCCUACGUUUGCCGCUAAACCCUGGGCUCGAAAUGAUACCUGCUCAUUGUGUGAGUGUACCGGUCAUGCGACGGAGUGCCGUUUUGACGAGAGGGGCCGCUCUGUGUGCAUCCGAUGCCAGGGUAACACUGAAGGUGAGCACUGUGAACGAUGCAAAUUUGGUUUCUAUCGAAGCGCCGAUAUGAAACCUGAGGAUGACUGUAUCCCAUGCAGUUGCGGAAAGGAGGGCUCCACUGGGGACUGUGUUCGAGACAGCUUUUAUGAAGGCAAGAUAGCGGGAGACUGCAUUUGCGCAGCAGGUUACACGGGUCAAGACUGCUCACAGUGCGAAAUCGGCUAUCGUCGAAGUGGGUCUCAAUGUGAAGAAUGCAGCUGCGAUCCGCGCGGAGCUGUUAUUAACGAUUGCGAAAGCGAUAACUGCUGGUGCAAGUUACAUGUGAAAGAUCUGCGGUGCAAUGUAUGCAAGCCGGGCUUUUACGACCUGAACUUCAACAAUCCGAAUGGCUGUGCCGAAUGUUAUUGCUUUGGUAUAACAAAUCGUUGUGAAGAAAGCAGCCUACCGGUCCGAGUGAUUCAGCACGAACCGGCCCACUGGAAGGUGACGGAUCUGAAGAACGCGCAAAGCGUGCCCACCCAUGCCAGUGAGGACUUUCCUGGGUCAACUCGUGAGGCGCUUAUGGACUUAAUCAGCUUUGAACCAAGCGACAAGGUGUUUUACUGGAAAGCGCCAGAUGAAUACACCGGGGCGAAGUUAAAUUCGUACGGGGCUGCUCUGGACGUAAAGGUCUCAUUCGAACCUUCUCGAGGAGACGUCUCGGAGGGAGGCUUCUUGGAUAAGCGGGCUGACAUCGUCCUCCGAGGACAGAACGGGAAACUUAUCGGAGCCCAAUCUUCGGAUGUUAAACCGAAGGAUGAACUAGGUCAGUACCACAUUCAGACUCCUCUCCGCGAGCAUGGCUUCUUUUAUAUCUCUGAUCCGGAGCGUGGUACUCUGGACGAUGAACCAGUUUCGCGACAGGAUUUCACUGCUGUCCUCUACGAUCUGAAGGAUUUCUAUAUCCGCGCAAGAUACCACAAGGGACAAUACGCAGGAUGGCUGCAUAAUGCUUCAAUGCCGGUAGCAAGCACAGAAGUGAAGAGCGUGGAACGGGCAACGUUUCUCGAACACUGUUUGUGCCCUGAGGGCUACGAGGGAUAUUCGUGCGAGCGUUGUGCUAAAGGCUAUCGCCGAGUGAACAACACACUUGCUAAUGGAGUCUGCGAAAGGUGCCCGUGUCAUAACCAUGUCGACAGCUGUGAUGCUUUUACCGCCAAAUGUGGUCCGUGUCUUCAUAAUACAAUCGGACUUCACUGUGAGCGGUGUGAGCCGGGUUAUUACGGUGACGCUACGAUCGGCAAAGAAGAUGAUUGUAAACCGUGUGCCUGUCCUCUCUCAAUCUCCAGCAACAACUUUGCCGAUGGCUGCAAAUCAAUCUCGCAAACCGAGUAUGAGUGCAUAAACUGCGUUGUGGGCUACACCGGUCGGCAUUGUGAGCGCUGCGCAGAAGGAUAUUUUGGUAACCCUACCAUUAUAGGCGGUAAAUGUCAACCGUGUCAGUGCGGACAAAACGUUGAUAAAAGUCGUCCAGGCUGGUGUGACCAUCGUACCGGCUUCUGCAACUAUUGUCUCGGCAACACGGAAGGCUGGAACUGCUCUCGUUGCAAGAAACUUUUUUACGGAAACCCAAAGCUGCCUGAUUGCAAAGCUUGCGAAUGCGACCCUGUCGGUUCGCUGGAUGCGCAGUGCGAUCCAGUGGGCGGCCAAUGCCCCUGUAAACCCGGCUUUGGCGGAAGGACGUGCCGUACUUGUGAGUCAGGCUAUGGAGAUAUCGCGCAGGGUUGUGUCGAGUGUAAAUGCAACACUAUCGGAAGCAAUACGAUCAUAUGUGAUCCCUAUACGGGACAUUGCGUGUGCAAAGACGGUGUUUUUGGAAGGUAUUGCGAUCAGUGUAAAAACCUUCACUACGGAUUUUCGAUGUCGGGCUGUAAAUUCUGCGACUGUCACCCGCCCGGUUCAAGCGAGCAACAGUGUGAUGUGGAUACAGGCCAAUGCAAAUGUUAUCCUCACGUAAUUGGGCGUCGUUGUGAUUGGUGCGAAGAUGGCUAUUGGAAUGUCCAAACUGGUGCUGGAUGCGAACCUUGUUUAUGCAAUUCAAUGGGUUCCCUUGGGGUUCGCUGUGACGUACGCACUGGUCAAUGCGAUUGUAAGCCCGGCGUCGGAGGAAAAAAAUGCGACAUCUGUCUGCCCAAUCACCGGAAAUUUGGGCCUCAUGGAUGUCAUCCCUGUGAGCCGUGUGAUGCACCGGGUCACGUUUGUGAUGAAGAAACGGGUCGCUGUAUCUGCCCCAAAAACACUGGGGGACCAGACUGUUCUCGUUGCAAAGAGGCAUACUACGGUUAUGUGCCGCAAGAGGGCUGCCGUCCUUGCGAUUGUAAUCCUGUUGGUUCUCUUAGUAAAAACUGCAAUUCGCAAGGCCAGUGCCGCUGCAAAGAGGGCUUCGAGGGCCUCAAAUGCGACAAAUGCACUUUUGGACAUUAUGGCUUUCCGCAUUGCCGCAAGUGUGAAUGCAACAUUGAUGGGACCUUGCCUGAUCAAUGUCAAGACGGCGUCUGCGGAUGCGACGACGACGGUUACUGUCACUGCAGGGAUAACGUAGAAGGAACAAAGUGCGAUACCUGUAAGCCGGGCGCUUUUGCCCUGCAGUACGAAAAUACAAAGGGCUGCACAGAGUGCUUCGUGUUCGGUAGGAUGUAUCCGCCGAAAUGCACACAAUCACCGUACGUGUGGAGUGAGAUAGAUAUGAUCAUCCCUUAUGAGGCCGUUGUGAAACUCGGAGGAUCUCCAGACAAGUCGUUACCUUCUCGUGAAGGUUACACCCAUAUCCCACUGCCGGUUAAUCGAACCAAUGUCGUUAUCGAGGUUCCGUUCAUGUUAAGUCAGCCUUUGUACUGGGAACUUCCAAAACAAUUUCUUGGAGACAAGGUCCGUGCCUACAAUGGUCGGCUUAAAUUUAAGAAAACCGCAAGACAAGGCGAAUUGUUCCCCGAUCGUGUUCUUGAAAACAAUGCACUAAUUGUGAUCUUUGGCAACUACCGCUUGAGGCUUGCCCAUCGUCCACCUAAGGGAGAUCGACCUUUUACCAGCGGUUAUUAUAGUGUGAGGCUGCAUGAAGACGAAUGGAUUGAUCUAGAUAACCCGCGAGUCAAUGUAACGCGCGCCAUGAUGAUGGUCGCGUUACAGAAAAUCGACCACUGGCUUAUCCGAGCUACCGAAGGGGCUGAUGUAAGGUCUGCCAGCCUUGAGGACGUUGUUCUAGAGUUCGCCGUGCCAGAGGAUCAAGCUCAAGGCGUUCUUCCCAGGCUUGCCCACGGCGUAGAACUGGGGUAUUGCCCUAGAGAAUACACAGCGUCGUCGUGCCAAGAUCCCGCCCCUGGGUAUUAUCGCAAACGCAAGCCAAAUUUCCUUGAUAGCAAGGAAAUCCUGGACCUCGUCGGAUGGGCUGAGCCCUGCGCAUGUAACGGAAUGGCGGAUGAAUGCGAGCAGGAAACCGGUAUUUGCAUUGAUUGUCGAGGAAAUACCGUUGGCGACCACUGCGAAAAGUGUGCGCCAGGAUUCUACGGUGAUCCCGUACGUGGAAUUUCUUGCAACCCUUGUGCCUGUCCUAGGCCAGACAAUUCGUUCUCCGACACCUGCGAAUUCCGAGGUGACGAUUACACAAAAUACGUGUGUAGUAACUGUCAGAAAGGCUACACCGGAAUACGCUGCGAAAUAUGUGCGGACGGUUAUUACGGUGAUCCGAAUAUGGUUGACGGGAAAUGUGAGCCCUGUAAUUGUAAUCCGUACGGAACAAUUCAAGAAGGCGUCUGCGACAAACGCACUGGUCAAUGCCCAUGCUUACCAGGAAUUUCUGGCAGACAGUGUACUAUCUGCCCGCGGAGGCACGUUUUCACAGAAUUUGGCUGUCAAUCGUGCGAUGACACAUGUAGUGGCGCUCUCCUAGACGAAAUCGAGCAAAUGUUCGAUUGGCUGAAUCAUAUUGACAUCAACGAGCUCUUAAAGGCUCCGUGGUACAAUUUGUUGCGUCUUAACGAUUCGCUACGCCGAACCAAGAACGUUAUGGAGGAGUACAAGUACCAGAUUUUGGAGGCAGAAGGUAUUCUACGUGAGUCGUUGUUUUCCAUCAAUAUGGAGAGCCGCAUUUCUGCGAUUAGCUUCCAGCUGCACAACAAAUUCACCCAGACGAUUCCGAAGAUUCGCGAACGUCUUGACGACUAUCGGGAUGACAACAGACGUCAAAGGGUAGACAUAGAGGACGAAUACAAACGUACUCAAGCUUUAAUUGAAGCAAUGAAAAAGUAUGGAUUUACCCCGGGAAGUCCAACGUCAGCGAUUGAGCGAAUGUCUCAUGAGGCCGAACAGUGGCUAGCGGAAGUAAAUGGGAUUCGACGUUUUGUUGAGCCCCUACCUGAAGAGGCAAUGAGAGAGCUUCGUCAUGCAAAGGCAUUGAUUGACAGAAUAAGAAAUGCUGUCUUCGAUGAAGAUUCGCUUAAUGCACUGUUACAACGGCUCGAGAUUCUUCGACAACUUCUGAACAGCGCUCUUAACACGAUUAUCGAAAGAGGCCAACAGCCAACUAAGGAAGCAUUGGAUAUUAUCGACAACCAGAUGAGAGUUUUCCAGACUGUCGUAAAAAUGAUCUCUGCUAUUCGUGAAGGCAGUGGAAGGACUGCUGAGUUGAUCUCCAAAGCGGCCGAAGCUAUAGCCGAAAUCCGUAAAUUAUUCCGUGACGCUCAACUGAAGUUUGACGAAAUUCCGGGCCUCACGACAGCGGUUGUCAAGCGUACGGACGAGGUCGAAAAGCGUCGCGGUAUUUUGUACCGCCUCAAUCCAGAGUACCGCAUCAAAUACGUGGAUAAGUGCUAUGACCAUUCGUUAGUCAUGACUGCUGAAAUUGACCGAAUCGCUCGCAUGUUCCAGGCAACAGCGAUGCAAUCAUUGAAGCCACAGGAAGCAGCCAAAAUCUACCAACUGCUUAUAGAAGAAAUUCAGUCAGCGGCUACAUCGGUACGUGAUGCUGAAGUUGCGUUUGAAUUGGCUAAUGAAAAGGCACAUCCACGCGGCGGCGAAAGUCUUUUACAGAUCGCAGAACGAUCUCUUACAAUUAGCAAGGCGCUAUUGGCAGAUGCGAAGAACAUGAAGGACACACAGUUACCUGCCAUUCAUGACUCCCUGCGAAACUCAAAACGCAUUCUUUCUGAUGGCGAUCGCUUAACAGAGGAGAUUCGUCGACUAAUCGAAAGAGCUCGUUCACUGCUUCAUCAGCUGCUGGGUAUGCAUACCAAUUGGGAUCCUUACGAUCCCAAACACAAGACUAUCCAGGACGAGGUGGCAUUUACACGCAAUCGGAUUCAACAAAUCAUCCGCUCAAUUGAGCUCAUCAAGACAAAAGUCGAAGAGCUCUACGGAGGUUCAUCCGCUGGCCUCGAUGAUAUUGACAAGUUCAUCGAGCAAAUGCGAAUCGAUCUUGGCCGGGCUAUGCGUAUGGCGACGAAUGCUGAAGAGUCGGUGCGGCGUUUCCAGGACAAAGACAAGGUAUUUAAUGAGAACCUCGAUGCCCUCCGACGUAAGAUUCUCAACGCGCGCCAGAAAGCCUCCAGCAUUAGGGUGUCGCUCAACGGCGUGGAUAACGGAGUGUGCCACAGAACUUUCCGUCCGUUGAUGCAUUUCCCAACCUCAAACACAAUCGAAAUGACAUAUUCUAUCAGUUCAGAGGCAGCGAAUAGCCUGCUGUUCCUCGCAGCCAAUACACGCGGAAAGAAUGACUUCAUUGCGGUUGAGAUGGUGAAUCGGCGAAUUAAAUGUAGCUGGAGUAUUGGCGACGAAACCGUCUCUGUGGAAAACGAGCUAAAAAUUGAAAAUACCGAUCCGCGAUUCGACAAAGAACAGAACUGGUAUGAUAUCGUCGUCGAGCGUACGAGGAACGUCGUUUCACUUUACGUAAAACGUCGCAAGGACAAUUUCAUUUUAAUGGCUAGAGGCAGCACAAGCCCAGAUCGUGGUCAGCUCGCAAUGGAUGCCAGCUCGUACUACAGCAUCGGAUCAAUUCCGGCCAACAUAUCUGCGUCCCGUCAACUGGUAGCUCACAAUUUUAUUGGAUGCCUGGCCAGCCUAAAAGUUGAUGGCAAACAAGUGGGUCUGUGGGACUUCCACACGAACAAGGGUUGUGGAGGUUGCCUUGAGGGGCCGGCAAAAGAAGCCAAGCAAGGAGUCUUCCAAUUUAGCGGUAGCGGUUACUCAAUUGUCGACCAGCAUUCAGCCUACCGCGACAAAAACUAUUUCGUUCAGUUCACCUUCCGUACGAUGGACGAAAACGCGUUGCUAUUCUUUGCUCCAAAUAAGGCCGUUGGUGAUUACUUCGCGAUUUUCCUACGCGAUGGACAUGUGGUGCUUCGAUUCCGGGUGGGAUCGCACGACCUUGAGUUAUACACUGAACGGAGAUAUAACGACGGCAAAUGGACCGUUAUUUCUGCCGAAAAGAAUCAACUUGACGGCAUCCUCUCAGUGAUACCCAAGGACGGCAUCCCCGAACGGCUGGUUGAGCAGAUGCCUCCGUCAGCUCAGUCAGCUCUACCCUCGCUGCGUCACGCCAAGCUAUUCUUCGGCGGCGUGCCACCGGUCUUCCCGACGGCGCGUUUCGCGGACCGGGUCGUACUUGACGCUUUCCUUGGCUGCGUCAAAGAUAUUCAAAUUUAUACAAGCAGCGUCGACCUCGCCACGGUCGCUCAUGGUGUCGAGCGUGGGUGCGAUAUCAAGAAAAUCUCAUCGGUCACCUUCGAUGGCGUGAUGGGCAACUAUGUAGAAUUGAAGAGCCACAAAUUACUCGAGCAAGGAAAUUUUGGCUUCACGUUCGCGACGGAGAAGCCCGAUGGCCUUCUCAUGCUGAGCACAUUUUUGACGCAAUCCAGCGCGGAUAGAAGCCUUCGUGAGAACUAUUAUUCAGUGUCCCUCAAGGAAGGCCAUUUGAUCUUCAAAUUUGGUAUCGGCGAAAACCACGGUGAGGUUCAGUACCGAACGAAAGAAACCUACAAUGAUGGACGACUACACACGGUAUCUGUGCAUCGCGUUUCUCGUAAGAUCACCAUCAACGUCGAUGAUGGUCGAUUUGGCACGCAUGAUUCUCGCAGGCUACCCGCGGGUAUUGGUGAUAUCGAGGCCCCUGGUGAAGCUGGAGGUCUGUUCUUCGGAGGCUGCCGAACUGACCUAAAUACGAUGCACCAGGUGGCCACGAACACGGCAUUCCAGGGAGUCAUUAAGGACGUAAUCUUCAACGAUAAUAUUAUGGGUUUUGAGGAGCCAAUCAGUCACAGAUAUGCUAAGAUCGGUCGAGAACUUCGCGAAAUGAAGAGCCACGUCGAUGUUGAGGGUGAUCUGCAAGAGGAAAAAAUCACAGAGCAUUGGCACGCCGUGGGCCAUUCACACAGUUCAAUAAAACCGGGCCGAUGUAGUAACACUCCACACGAGAGCUUCGAACCAAACGCAAUGGCUUUCGGAGAAUCCAUACACUCGCAUAUCUCAUAUCCUAUAGAGGUUGCCCAGUAUCGGCGCGACUUCACGAUUCGUUUUGAGAUGAAAGCCCAUCACGAAUCGGGUCUUCUCGCUAUUUUGCGGCACUCAAAACAUGGCAACCAUAUCGCAGUUCUGCUGCGUCGUGGUCAGGUUGUACUACAGCAUCGAGACAGACACCGAAAUCUUAAGGAGGUCGCCUCUUCUUCUGCCGGAUUCGCGGAUGAGCGCUGGCACAUGGUCACAGUGAGGAAAAGCGGGGAGACGAUCAGUUUAAAGGUGGACGACGUGGAACAGGGCUUUUUGGAGGCAAAGCGCAACAUGCCGUUAACUACCCCGUUAUUUGUGGGUGGACUACCAAUGUCCGUGCUAUCCACAGGUGGAUUCAUGUCCGAUCCCUCAAUGUCUUCAAUUCAUGGGUGCAUUUCAAAGUUAGAACUCAAUGGCCAAAUUAUAGACAUGCAGACAUCGACUCGGGUCACGCGCUACAAUGCCGGACCUUGUCCAUCGAAGACGAAACGUGGCGCCCAUUUCCGGGGUGACGCGUUCGCUACAUACAUAAAACGGUUUGAGUUUUCGGAUACGAUUCGGGUUGAGUUAAAUCUGAAGACGAACGCAAAAGACGCAGUUAUACUCUCGUAUACUUCUGAGACAGAGAAACCAACUUUCUCGUUAGAGAUCUUCAACGGACAGCUCGUCGCGGCCGUUGACAUUGGAUCGGUUCGCAUGCCUCUAACACUUCGAGCCAAUACAACACUCAAUUGCAACCGGGAUUGGCAUCCGAUUCGUGCAUCGUUUGGCCUUCGGCAGGUUUGGCUUCAGUUGGAUGAUGAACGGCCUGUCGUCGCCAAAGUGCCUGACGACUUUACGACGCCACCCGAUAUGCAAAUGACUCGGGGGCCGCUGUAUCUAGGCGGGUUACCUUAUACCGCUGAUCGGGGCGCACUCCUUGCUCAGAAAAAUCUCGUUGGUUGUAUAAGUGAUAUAAGUAUCGCUGGUGAACCCGUGUCUUGGAGCAGCCUUCGCGAGGUGCGCAAUGUAAGACAUCAUAUGUGUCCAGACUUUUAGUCCCUCACGUACCGCCUUAAAGCUUUAGAGGCUGUCUAUUUCUUCGCUGUGGCCCUGUAUACCUCGAUAUUGAUGAUAAUAAACCGCUUUUAGACAAUGUAUAAUUAUCUUGAAGUUU